AACGGAGAUAGUCGAAAUAAGUUGACCCAUGUCUCCGCGGUCGAGCGCGCUCGUUCUGCUCGAAACGUCCGAGCACGAAACAUUACGUUAGUUUGUCGUAAAUUGAGUUACGUCUCAUCGUAUCUGCUGUACGGCUGGGAUAUUGUAUCGUGUAGUCCUUUGUGUGUGCAUGUGUGUGUCAAUGAUUCGUUAUUAACGGUGCAGUUUGGCCUGAUACAUCAAAAGAUAAAUUAUGAUGGUCUGAUCGCGGUUCCAACAUGACUGUGGAUUUCGCCGACUACUUUUGGGGCGAAAAGAAUAAUGGAUUUGACGUGUUAUAUCAUAACAUGAAGCAUGGUGCAGUUGCAAGUAAGGAGUUGGCUGAGUUUCUAAAAGAACGAUCAACUAUAGAAGAAAAUAAUUAUAAAGUUCUAAGUAAACUUGCAAAACAAGCUGGCAGUAGCAGUAGUAUACAAGGAACAUUUGCACCUGUUUGGGCUGCCUUAAGAGGCGCAGCAGAAAAACUUGCUGGCUUACAUUUGCAAAUGGCCCAAAGGGUCACUGAACUAAUAAAAGAUGUAUCAAAAUAUACAGAUGAAUUGCAUAAGAAACAUAAGGCUGUAAAAGAAGAAGAAUCAUCCACCUUGGAAAUUGUACAGAAUAUACAGAGUAUCACUGUAACUUUACAUAAAGCAAAAGAUAUGCGUACACAAAAGAGUCUGGAAUUGGAAAAAUUAAAGAAAGACAAUGCCAGUCAAAAAGAAUUAGAAAAAGCAGAAAUUAAGUUUAAAAAAGCACAGGAUGAUUAUAAAACUUUGGUUGAUAAAUAUAUGAUCAUACGGAAUGAUUUUCAAACCAAAAUGACUCAAGCAUGCAGGCGAUUUCAAGAUGUGGAAGAGACACAUUUAAAACAUAUGAAGGAAUUUUUAAAUAUUUAUGCAGAUGUUUUACAAUCAAAUCAUGAACAAGUUGGUCAAGUUCAUAUAGAUUUUAAACGACAAUGUUUGGAUAUGACAGUGGACAAACUUCUAGAACAAUUUGUACAAAGCAAAUCCACAGGUUUUGAAAAACCAGGUACAUUCGAAUAUGAAGAAAUCAUGACAAGUUUAGGAGAAAUGACCAGUCAUUCUCAAUUGGAAAGCAAUAUUGAAACAUCUAAGGAAACAUCAAAAGGAGCAAAUGGAGAAACAGGCGUUGCGGGUAACACUCACAGUUCAAAAAACGAUCGGGUAUUAAAAGGGGAGGGUUGUCAGGUGGAUGAGGAAAAGGGGACGGUACAAGAAAAAGAAAAUGAAAGACUGAAUGAAAGGGAUAGAGAACUGUCACAUGUACAAGCCACCAAGGCUUCCCGCCGUACUACCUCGCUACUCAACCUGUUCAUGUCCAACUCCCAGGCAAUGAGUGUUGUUUCAGACAAACAGAAGCAAGCAGGGUCUGGUUCGGCACCUGCAACUCCUCAGGGGAACAACCUGCCUCCUGCUGUUCCACCUCCCAGCAUCUCCAGGAACCCUCUCAGAGGAUCUAAAUUGGUAACGCGUAUUAUGGUUCCUCCACUCUGCACUCUUUUAGAUCAGCAAUGGUUUCUUCGCAGCAGAAGAGAAAAAAGAAAAGAAAAGAAGGCAAAAAAGAAGAAGGAUAUUGUGGAAACGAGCAGCAACAAAGAAGAAAAGUCUGAUCUGGAGGAUAAGGAUGACAGUAGAAAAUCUGAAACACCAACACCGGAAGUAGACGAAGAUGGUUUUUGUAUUAGACCUAAAACAGAACCAUGGGAGAAUGAGAAAGGAUUUUAUUCCAGUUCAGAUACCGAUUCCGAAGAUGAUAGAGAACGAAAAAUUCGAGUAGAAAUAAAACCACUUAGCAAUGGCGGAGCACCUAUGAGCGCAAGUGUGGACGAGCUUAGGGCAACGGUGGAAAAUUUAUCUUUAUCGCCUGCACCAACGGGACGCAGAGGCUCAAAUACCGACUCAGAUCAUCAUAUGAAAAGGUCUCAGUCAGUGUCACAGCAAUUAGGAGGUAAGCCAAGCUCGGAUUUACUUGGCCUAAACUUGUUCAAUCCUAGCAGUACACCAUCGAGCGCCUCAACGCCGACUGGUAGUCAUCCAUACGCGCCAUUGCAAAGUCCUCCGCCGCUGUCUUUGUCACCGACGCCUCAACCACAGCCGCCACAAUCCGCACCACCUACACAUCCUCAUCCACGAUUCCCUGAUGGAGAUUUAUUUUCGGAAGUAGGAGACAUUACUCCGGCCUUACCUCCAAAACAAUCCGCUUCUUCUACUCCGACAGGAUCUAUUAUCAUUCCUAGACCACCAUCCCGAAGAGGAGAAGGUCCUUCGCCAAGAGGUAGAAAUUCACCAGCGACUAUAUCCAGAGCUGAUAGCGUAGCUAGUUUAGAGUUUCGUACAGCCGGCGUUGGAGUUGGCUCUUCCAGAGGUCCAUCGCCACUCACAAUAGGACUUGCAGAUACUAUUCCUUUAGCAGUCGCCUUCCAUGAAAUAGUACACUCUUACUUUAGAGGUACUGAUGAAACACGAUGUCAGGUGAAACUCAGUGGAGAUAUGAUGUUAUCAUUUCCUGCCGGUAUUGUCACUGUGUUGGCGAAUAAUCCUAAUCCUGCAAAACUAACGUUUCGCGUGCGCAACAGUAAUAGAUUGGAAAAAUUGUUCCCUAAUAAUCAACUCGUUAGCAUGGAUGCCACACAGACAACUGUUGACAGUACAAUUUUUGAAUUCAACAUGAGUGCCUUAACUACAUUGUUACGCAAACAGGCUGAACAAAAUCCUUCGGCUUCAUAUUUUAAUGUCGAUAUACUCAAAUAUCAAAUCAAAUGCAAGGAAGGCGCGGGUUCAUGUCCUUUCCAGUUAGUUGCCUAUUGGAAAUGUGAAACGACUCAUACAGACCUUAAGAUUGAUUAUAAAUAUAAUAGUCGCGCUAUGGCUUCUCCAAGUCCAUUAUUAAAUCUCCAUGUGGCUGCACCCAUAGAUGGAGGUUUUAAAUCAUUAAACAGUAAACCUCAAGCACAAUGGUUAUCAGAAACAAAUCGGAUAUUAUGGAAGUUCACAGAAUUAUCACAGCAUAGUGAAGGUAAUGGUGUAGGUUCUUUGAAAGCACGAGUGGAGCUAGGACAUGGGCCAGGAAAUCAAGGAACUAUAUUUACACAGUUUAAUUGCGAAGGGACCACAUUAUCUGGAGUUGAGUUUGAACUUUUAGGCCCGGGAUAUAGAUUAAGUUUAGUAAAACGUAGAUUCGUAUCUGGAAAGUAUAUUUGUGAUGGAGAUUCUGAUUCACGAAGUAGAUAUGCUGCUCCACCAUCGAAUGUGGAUUGACGACUUCCAGAAUGGGCGCCUCAAUGGGAGAGUCUGCCCAUUUAAUAUUGGUACUUGCUUGUUCAUUCACUGCCCAUACUACGAUUAUUGUUCAAACUCGAAAUCAGCGUGGGAAAGCCUGUUGGAUACCAAAGAAUGUGUGCGAUACAAUAAUAAGAUUAUAUAAUAGACGAAUAAUUUGUACAGAAGCCGUGAUGCUGCGUAAUUUAAAUGUAGCAAAGUGUAAAGUUUAUUCGCUUUAUAAAUCAAAACAUUAUAAAAAAGAGAAAAACAAAAGGAAAAAUCUUGAAUACGAAAAAACAGCAAAUGAAGAUCAAUUCAUAUCUUCAUAAAUCAAGAUAAGUAUGAUAUAAUGUAUAAUCUUAGGCGAAAAAAAUACUUGGACAGAAACAUAAUGGAAAACAUAGUUGGACUUCGUAAGUCACUCGCUACCUGAUGAAUGGCGUUUUAUGUGUUUUAUAACUUGUAUAUUUUUCAAUUUUUCUAAUAUAUUCUCGAUUAGAUUGUACUAUUUUAGUAAAGUUUGUACGUGAUGCAUAAACGAGAUGUAAUUAUGACGACAAUGACAAUGAUAAUGACUGCAGAAAGCGUUUAAAACAUCAAAGAGUAAGUAAUUUUUUUUCGCAAAAGCCUUUGGUGUCCAGCAUAUUUUUCACCACGAUAUGUUCGCCAUAUUAUUGUUUAUAUAUGCAUACAUAUAUAUAUAUAUAUAUGUAUAUAUGUAUGUAUGUAUGUAUGUAUAUAUGUACGUACGUAUGUAUGUCUAUAUGUAUGCGUAUGUAUAUAUAUUUAUAUAUGUACAUACAUAUGCACACAUAUACACAUAUAUAUAUAUAAUCAAAGUUAUAACUUUUUUUACAUUAUAACUUACGUAACAGCAUGAAAAAAGCUCCAAAAAAUAUCAUCAAACAGUACAAUGUUCUUAAUCUAUUGUUAUAUUUUGCGUUAAUUUUAAUAUAGUUAUAUAUAUUGCUAUUAUAUUGUUAAGAAUUUUUAAAGAAAAAAAUAUGUAACAGUAACGCCAAUUAACUUCGUGACUGUACAUUAGCAUUUAUAAUUUAUAUAAUGAUUUAAUACUUGUUUUGUGAAAUUUAUAAUACAGUUGUAUUACGUAUUUCAAUUUGUUUUUUCUAUGAAAUUUUUGAAAGUAUUGGUUACAUAUACAUAGAUAAAGGAAGUCUAUCAAUUAAUAUUUCACAAAAUGAAGUUAUAUUCAUUUUUGUUAAUUGUCAAUUGAAUUGUUUAUCAUCCUAUUAUGUAUCAACUCUUAUGUAGAUUAUUUUUAGGAAAAAAAAUGAUAAUAUAAUUUUAUUUUAUUCCUGUACAGAAAACAACAAGGACGUUAAGAACAAAAUGUUCGAUAGAUUGAUGGUAAUUAAUAAAUAUAUUAAAUGACAUUUCAUAAUUAAUAAAA